GAUGAACGAGGAGCAGAUAGCGACCGUCUGCCUGUCCGUCCUGAGAGCCCUGUCCUACCUGCACAACCAAGGCGUCAUCCACCGUGACAUCAAAAGCGACUCCAUCCUUCUCACCAGCGACGGGAGGAUAAAACUGUCCGACUUUGGGUUCUGCGCCCAAGUGUCAAAGGAGGUGCCCAGGAGGAAGUCGCUGGUUGGCACGCCGUACUGGAUGGCACCGGAGGUGAUCUCCCGCCUGCCCUAUGGCACCGAGGUGGACAUCUGGUCCCUGGGCAUCAUGGUGAUAGAGAUGAUCGACGGUGAACCUCCCUACUUCAACGAGCCACCGCUGCAGGCCAUGCGCCGAAUCCGGGAUAAUUUACCGCCCCGGGUGAAGGACAUGCACAAGGUCUCCUCGGUCCUCCGGGGCUUCUUGGACUCGAUGCUGGUGCGGGAGCCCUCGCAGAGAGCCACAGCACAGGAACUCUUGAGACACCCGUUUCUCAAACUGGCCGGGCCCCCUUCUUGCAUCGUGCCCCUCAUGAGGCAGCACAGGCACCGCUGA